AUGGGAUCAGCACCAUCAACAACAUUUAUUUCCUCAUUUGCUGGUAAUUCACUAGUGAUGGAUAAACAAUCCAUGAUGGUGAGACAAUUACUAUUGGGUAACGAUUCUAAGAAAGGUGAUGUAGAUGUUUCAAACCGAUCGAAGACUUACUCCUUACCUAGUCAUCAUUCGAGUAGUGGAAGCAGUAUUACACAUGCCUCCAAGAGUCAUGAAUCUUCUCCAGUUGAGCUUUGUGAACAUCAUGCACCAUUGCGAUCAAUCUCACCUACAAGAAGAAGAGCAAGUGAAAAUGGUUCAAUAGGAAGCAGUAUUAGCUCUCUGAGUGACUCUAUGGAUAUAAGUAAGGGAAGAGUCAAAUCAAUUCAAUCGAAUGGUGUAUUGCACUCUUAUGAGUUUUGGAGUAAUGAAUCAAUAGAUUUUGAAAAUUGCAGACAAGAAACUGAAAUGCAAAACAUCCAGAUGGAAAUCAAAAUGAAAUCUCCAAAGCAUUCAGAAAAGCAUGAUUCAGAUUCUCUUCAUCACAACCCAGAACAUAAGAAAAAGAAGAAGUACAAUGGAUGGGUUGAAGAACCUCUCAGUCAAUCGAUGCAUCAUUCACCAUCCCACCAUCACUCAACUCAUCACUCCAACAAUCAUCAUUCCACAAACCACCAUCACUCAACUCACCACCAUCACGCCAGCAGACAUGAACAUCAUCAUUCAAAUCAUUCAGCUCACUCAACUACCACCUCCAAACCAAGUUCUGUUCUUUCUCCUAUUACAACUCGUCAUUCUCAUGAUUCAAGCAUUCUUGCAACUAAUUCCAAACUAAGUCCACUGCAUCACGAAGCACCUAAUUUCAACAGUGCAAUCCAACAACCAUCUGUCCAACACAAUGCUUUCAAUCUUCCUCUCAUUCCUUUCCAUUUAAAUUUAUCAGCUUCUUGGGAUCGUCAAAAAGCCAUCGAGUUAUAUGAAAAAUCAAUGAAACAACAUCAUGAUUCUAAAUCAACUCACGAAUUUGGCUCAUAG